GAGCUGAAGGUGGGGCACCGAGAACGUAAACGCGAGCGUAAGCGUCCCGAAGAACGGAGGGAGGGAAGAUGUGUUGAACAGAAGAAGCGGUAAAAGGGAAGGACGGAUGGAAAACCGGUGAAGCCGAGUGGGGAAAAGACUCAACAGAUAAACAUUACACGCUUUAGCCGUUAGCGUCCACGCCACUCUACGCUUCGUUAGUCCAAAGCGAGAGCCAUCGGCGACGAGAGUCCGCUUCUUCUUUUCUUUCUUUCUCUCUUCUUCUCGCGGAAGAAGAAACCGCGUUUCUACAAUCCGGGCGUAACGGGACGUGUGACGAUCCCGUCUUAUCAACCGAUCCUCUAACGAAAGCGGUCUCGGAGCAGCUUGCAAACAUCAACAAGAAGAAAGACGGGCUAACGAGAAUUUGACGAUAGAAUCCCAUCACCCUUUCAUUUAACAUUAUUAAGCGUUGACCAACGUGAACCACUACGAGGGACCAUGGAUCUCGUUUACAUACCAGAGCUGUUUACCUACGGAUACUUGAGGAAUCCGCAGUACCACGACUAUGAGCAGUCGUGGAACAGAGACUAUUCCAAGUGCGACAGCAGAAAAUCAGUGGAAAAUCAACGAACCGUACAGCAGCAAUCCAAGGAAAACUGUCACCUUUGCAAAGAAAUGAAAAGAAGAAAUCUGGCAGUUUACAUAAGAAGUAAAUCACGAAGCGAUUCCUGUCAUGAAGGAAUCCAAGAAGAAGAGGAGAACGACAAUGAGAGAAAAAUCGUAGACGCUGACCGAAAUAAAUCGGCGAAAUCGUCAUGCGGUGCAGAGAAAUCAUAGCCUCUUAGUAUUAUACAUAAUGGUCACUACAAUAAUAUUAAUUUUAAAUUUUAUAUUAAGAUAAGCUUAACAUGCAGAUAUAGAUACAAA